CUACAUCUUUGGUGGUUUCAAUUUCGGUAUAAAUAAUGAUUGUUGUAGGUAACGCUGUUAUCAGUUCCACCAAUCAACUCAAUCGUUUUACAAUCAGUCAGCUAAAAACACGAAACCGUUCACCAUGUUUGCCAAAAUCAUCUUCUUCGCCGUUCUCGCCGUGGCGUGCGUAAGUGCCAAGCCAGGAUUGGUCGCCCCCCUAGCCUACUCGGCACCGGUGGUAGCUGCUGCUCCAGCCGUCGUAACGGCCCAAAGCUCUCAGUUCUUCACCCGUAACUACAACGGAAUCGCACCUCUGGCCUAUACCGCCGCUUACACUGCCGCUGCUCCGGUUGCAUAUGCCGCCGCCCCUGCCUUCGCUGCUUACGCUGCUGCUCCGGUGCUGCUCUAGAUAAUUGUUUGCAAUACGACAUUUCGCUGUGAUACUUGAUUAGGAAAACGGGAAUAGGAAUGUGUUUUUAAAGUAGCUUUUGAUAAAUAGUACAAUUCUAUAGCAGAA